AUGGGCAGCUUACCAAACCUGAGCGAUCUAUCCACGGAAAAGCUCGAGCGUCGACUUGAGGAGCGGGAACGCAUCCUGGCCCGCGAACGCAUCAUCGAGCGUGAUUUUGGGCGUGAGAAGGAGUCGAUACGGACGCUUGAACGGCCCGUCUUCAUUCACAAGCAACAGAUUGCCGCCGCAAAGACUAUCCUGCAGCAGAAAUGUCCACCGGGCUCGAGGAAGGUAAUGCGAACGCGAAGCUCCGGCCAGGCGCAUCACAUCUGGGAUGACCCUAUAAUAGACCAAUACUUGACGAACUACUCGCCGGCCUCAAACCGCAGCCAUCGUAUCUCGGUAGGGCCAACCUUCGCCGCCGCCUAUCAGUUUCAGUCCUCCUCGCUCGGCAACAGACAUCGGCGGGAUUCGGUCAACAGUUCCAUCGGGGCGACAUCCGUCCGCAAGCUGCUGACGGUGCAGAACCGCAGUUACGGCUGCCGGCACAAGAUCCCGUCGCACGUGCGCACGAGGAUGAUGAAGAAUUUCAUACUGGUAGCGGUAGCCCACGGUUUCAUGUGCACCGCACUGGUGCCGCUCGUUGUGCUGCAGGGCGCUAAUUCGACCUGGUUCCAGCAGGAGUCAUGGCUAGCGGCGGGACCGGACGUCGGUUCCGGGUUGCUCAGCCUGUGCUGUGCCGUCACGGCCGGCAUGAGCCUCAUGACGACCAAGCUGGUCCAGCGCUUCGGCUACUCGAUCGUACUGGCGGCCAGCUACGGUGCCGUCUGCUUGUUUUUGGCCGCCCACAUCUACCCCGUGCUGCUGUCGCUGGUGCCCGGGUAUCUGGUGCUCGGGCUGCUGCUUGGACCCUCGGUAAUAUGUAAGCAAGCGCUACUGGUGUCAAUGGCGGGUAAGCUGAGCUGCACGCAACCGGAAUGUGGCGGCACCAGUACCGCCGGUGCCAACGCCGACAGCUAUGAUGAUCACCGCUUGCUGUGCAGCCGGCAGGAGCAGGUCCGUCGGCUGGGACGGUGGUUCCGGGCGGCGGGCGAUCUUGGCAUGAUUAUCGGCACUAUCGUGGCGGCGUUUGUUCUCACGUGUGCUUCUGGUUCGAACCGCAUCGGCUGCUACUACAUAUCGCGUCUUGCCCCGCCAGUGCCGAACGCCGCCCUGACGGGGAUACUGAACGGAACGGCACCAGCGGUCAACGGGUCUCACAACGAGCAGCCCGCGGACGGUGGGUUGCCGCUGUACAGGGACAUCCUAAUGUCGUUACCGGAGGCGCCGGAUCAACCCCUCGACCUGACGACGAUCGACAGCCCCAAGCCAACCAGUCCUUCACCACCCAAAAUCGUUACACCUUCGAUGCCGACGCUGCGCGAAACGAUGUACUUUCUGUACAACAUUCGGCUGCCAGAUCCGGCCGGGAACGGUGACGACGGGUAUCAACCUUCCAGCACCGCCAGUGGCCCGGCUGGCCCCGAGGAGCAACGCGAUGCAGCGGGCCCGUACAUGGAUCGGUUCCCGUAUAGCAUGUUCCAGACGAACGACUACGGUGAGCGGAUCUGUGGUUCCCAUCUCUGUCCGGUUUGGGAUAGAAACGUACCGGUCAACGGCAGUGCGCUGGAGAAUCAGUUAAAGCUGCAGGGCUACACCGGUGCCACGCCGCUGAUGUGCAUCUAUUUGGUGUUCGGUGUGCUAGCGUUUACCGUCACCGCCUUCACCACGGACAUUGAAUUUAACGUCAAGUUUGACUCGAUACGGCGCAUGUCCGACACGCUGCUGUUUGCCGGACCGCUAGCGUAUUUUGUCGGCACCGAGCAAGCGUACAUGAUGGCUGACUUUAUGAAGGCAUUCGUGGCGUGUGAGCUGGGACCGAACAGUGUGGCCGGCGUGCUGGUUGGGAUGGGUGUGAUGCAACUGAUUGCCGCCUGCACCUUAAGCAUGCUGCUGAGACACACCAAACGUGUCGUAGUGAUUGUGGCUGGGUUCAUAUUCCACGCAUGUUUGCUGCUGGUGCUCUUGCGCUGGAAGCCCUCCAGGGACGAUAGUGCCGUACUGUACGUCAUACCGGCUGCCUGGGGCGUUUGCAAUGCCGUGUGGGAGACGUUACUGUUUGCCCUGACCACGCUAACGCAUCCCAACAAGUUCGCCGAAGUGACAUCCCCCUUACAGGCGCUCCGAUUCCUCGGUCUGGCGGUUACGUUUGCGGGCCAUGGAGUGCUGUGUGAGGCGCCGAAAAUUAUCAUACUCGCGAUACUGCUUGUCAUCUCGGUCAUACCCUACACGAUGCUGGAGUUGAAGCUAGAAAACCAACGGAAGGCCCUGAAGCUUAGCUUGUGA